GGCCCUGGCUGAUAUGAACAGCGAUGGUCGUAUGGACAUGCACGAGUUCUCCAUCGCCAUGAAACUCAUCAAGCUCAAACUCCAGGGUCACCCUCUGCCCCCCGCUCUCCCUCCCAGUAUGAAACAACCCGCGCUGACCUUACCCCCACACAGUGGCUUUGGCAUGCCCCCCAUGCCUCCCAUCUCAGCUCCUCUGUCAGGCGUGCCUCCACUCCCCCUGCCACCUCUCCCCGUCGGAGUGUCCCCCCCGCUCGUCUCGUCUGCCGCGCCGCCCCUCCCCCCGCCCCUCGCCAACGGAGCUCCUCCGACCGGCAUCAUGCAGCCAAUCGCAGGCUUCUCCCACCCAGCUCCCUCUGUCAACAAGUCUUCUUCCUUUAAUCGUUCCAGUGCCAAGUUGCAGAAGGGGGGGCCGUCCGUGGACGUUGCUAGUGUCCAGCCCCCGCCUGAUUGGGCUGUCCCUCAGUCCUCCCGGCUGAAGUACAGACAGCUUUUUAACUCCCAUGACAAGAUGAUGAGUGGACACCUCACUGGUCCCCAGGCUCGCACCAUCCUGAUGCAGUCCAGUCUUCCUCAGGGACAGCUGGCCACAAUAUGGAGUCUAUCAGAUAUCGACCAGGACGGAAAGCUAACAGCCGAGGAGUUCAUCUUAGCCAUGCACCUCAUAGAUAUGGCGAUGUCGGGGCUACCGCUACCCCCAGUGUUACCACCAGAUUACCUCCCACCCACAUUCAGGCGUGUGCGAAGUGACAGUGUUCAGUCGGACCAGAAGAGCGUGCAGGAGGAGUUUGAGGAGGAGGCGGAGAGCAACCAGGACAAGAAGUUACCAGUGACGUUUGAGGAUAAGAAGAGAGAGAACUUUGAGCGAGGAAACCUGGAGUUGGAGAAGAGACGUCAGGCUCUGCAGGAGCAGCAGAGGAAGGAGCAGGAGAGGCUGGCGGCGCUGGAGAGAGAGGAGCAGGAGAGGAAGGAGCGUGAGCGUCUGGAGAACGAGAGGAGACGACAACACGAACUGGAACGACAACUGGAGAGACAGAGAGAGCUGGAGAGGCAGAGAGAAGAGGAGAGACGCAAAGAGAUAGAGCGGAGAGAGGCUGCGAAGCGUGAAUUGGAGCGCCAGCGUCAGCUGGAGUGGGAGCGUCAACGUCGCCAGGAGCUCCUGACCCAAAGAAACCGAGAGCAGGAGAGCAUCGUGCUGCUCAAAGCCAGGAAGAAGACCCUGGAGUUUGAGCUGGAGGCGCUGAAUGAUAAGAAGUCCCAGUUGGAGGGCAAACUGAAGGAUGUUCGGUGUCGUCUGUCCGCUCAGCGGAGAGAGGUGGAGCAGACCAAUCAGACCAGGGAAACACGCAUCGCUGAAAUCACCCUGCUACAACAGCAGCUGCAGGACUCCCAGCAGUGGUUGGGGAGGCUAAUUCCUGAUAAACAGAGUCUCAACGACCAGCUGAAACAGGUUCAACAGAACAGUCUGCAUCGUGACAGUCUGUCGUCCCUGCAAAAGGCCGUGGAGCAGAAGGAGAGCAGCAGGCAGCAGCUCAGAGAACAGCUGGACGCCGUGGAGAGGGAGACCAGGGCCAAACUGCUGGAAAUAGACGCGUUCAACACCCAGCUGAAGUCUCUGUGUGAGUUCUAUGCCAGCCACUGUGCCAGGAUAGAGGCCCUGCGACGCCAGCUUCACCGGGAACAGAGAGGGAGACAGGAGCUGAGGGAGAUCCACAGCCGGCAGCAGAGGCAGAGGCAACGGGAGCUGGAGGGAGACACGCCCACGCUGACGCACACACACCCUCACCUACACACCCCGGUCGAGAGGAAGUCCGCUGAGCUGCAGGACAGCAGGUUGUCGUCAGAGGAAGACGUUGCCUGGAGGGAUGAAGCAGCCGGCUCCGCCCCCUCUGCUCCUAGCCCUCCCUCCGUCGCUGCCCCACACGCCUGGCUAAACCGAGUGACUCAGGAAGAGGAGGAGAGGAAGAGGAGAGGGGGGGAGGAAGAGGAGGAGGAGGAGGAGGAGGAGGAGGGCCAGCCAGGGGGAUCAGGAGCAGCAAAAGAGAAGGAGGACGAGGGGCGAGGCAAGAAGGACAUGCAGGAGAAACUGAGCAAGCUGUUCAGCCAGCCGGCCGACCCCUGGGCUUCAACAGUAGAGAAGGCUCCAGUACCCAGUCUGUUUGACCAGAAGACCCCAGUCACCAGCUUUGACCAGCAUCAGCAAUCCGUGAAGGUGGUCUACUACCGGGCUCUGUAUCCGUUCGAUGCUCGCAGCCACGACGAGAUCAGCAUCGCCCCCGGAGACGUGAUCAUGGUGAAGGGGGAAUGGGUGGAUGAAUCCCAAACGGGGGAACCCGGUUGGCUAGGAGGAGAGUUGAGGGGUCGUACUGGCUGGUUCCCGGCUAAUUACGCCGAACGGAUAGCCGACAGUGAAGCGCCGAUUAGUCUGCGGGCAACGGCCUCGGCCACGCCCCCCUCAGCCAAGCAGCCGUUAUCCACGCCUCCACCCGCACCCGGGCAAACCUCCUCCUCCACGUCCUCCGCCAACAGCAACUGGGCUGACUUCAGCACCACGUGGCCCACCAACACAGCCAGCCAAUCAGACAGCGAGGGAUGGGACGCGUGGCCGACCUCUGCAGCCAAUCAGAACCCGUCGCUCAGUGUUCCCUCAGCGCAGCUACGGCAACGCUCCGCCUUCACACCCGCUACCCUGACGACGGGCUCCUCUCCGUCACCUGUGCUGGGACAGGGGGAGAAGGUGGAGGGUCUUCAGGCUCAGGCCUUGUACCCCUGGAGAGCCAAGAAGGACAACCACCUCAACUUCAACAAAAACGAGAUAAUAACCGUGCUGGAGCAGCAGGACAUGUGGUGGCUAGGGGAACUGCAGACCGGACAGAGAGGCUGGUUCCCCAAAAGUUACGUCAAGCUGAUCUCCGCCACCAUGACGCCCCCCCCGGGUGCCACAGCGCGCAGCAAAAACACUAGUGAGUCUGGAGCAUCGGACAGCCCCCCCAAUGGAAAACGUCCCUCCCCCUCCCCGACAAAACCCUCUGAGUCUGGAGACGAGUACGUGGCCAUGUACACCUACGAGAGCAACGAGCAGGGCGACCUGAGUUUCCAGCAGGGAGACGUCGUCACGGUGACCAGGAAAGAAGGGGACUGGUGGACGGGCACGGUCGGGGGCAAGACCGGAGUCUUCCCUUCAAAUUAUGUCAAACCACGAGACUCGGCCUCAGAGUGUUUCGGACCAGCAGGGAAGACGGGCAGCCUGGGAAAGAAACCAGAGAUUGCACAGGUGAUCGCCCCCUACAGUGCCACGGGUGCAGAGCAGCUGACCUUGGCCCCGGGGCAGCUCAUCCUCAUCAGGAAGAAGAACCCGGGUGGCUGGUGGGAGGGUGAGCUCCAGGCCCGGGGGAAGAAGCGCCAGAUUGGUUGGUUUCCGGCCAACUAUGUGAAGCUGCUCAGUCCCAGCACCAGCAAGACCACGCCCACAGAGCCCACCCCCCCGAAACUGGCCCCCGCCAGCACAGGUACUCUCACAGCCGUGUGUCAGGUGAUCGGCAUGUACGACUACGUGGCCCAGAACGACGACGAGCUGGCCUUCCUGAAGGGUCAGGUGAUCACGGUGCUCAACAAAGACGACUGUGAUUGGUGGAAAGGAGAGCUCAACGGGAGGGAGGGUCUGUUUCCUAGCAACUACGUCAAGCUCACCACGGAUACCGACCCGAGCACGCAGUGAUCAUAUCAUUACCCAGAACCCCCCUCUCCUCAAAGCCCUCAAAGAGACCCACUAGGCCACGCCCACUAGGCCACUCGACCAAUGGGACAGCAGCAAGAGGUCAUGGCGACUCUUCACCAAUAGAAGCCAGAGAGCCAGACAGACAGAGAGACAGAGAGACAGACAGACAGACAGACAGACAGAGAGACAGAGAGAGAGAGAGACAGACAGACAGACAGACUGUAACGUAACAUCUAUGCAUGGCUCUGACUGGACUUGGCCAAACUGGGUCUAUCUAAGUCUCUGGCUCCAAACAGGAGGGAGAUCAGUAGUCAGGACUCCUCCUCCAGCUUUCUUCUUCUUCUUCUUCUCUUCUCCUCCUUUUUCGUCUUCUUUUUUCUUCUUCUUUUCUCCCUGUUUUUGUCAGCCGGGAGGUUGUUGAGUUGAGGAGGGAAAAGAGGAGAGGAGAGGAGAGGAGAGGAGGAGAUUGAAGGAGAAGCUGAAACGAGGAGACGAGACUACUGGGCUCCCGUCUCCUAGAUUGAACUAAUGAACUAACGUUUUUGACUCUGGAUCACAGUGACUGUACACACACACACACACACACACACACACACACACACACACACACACACCAUCCACUCCACAUAGACCAUCCUAGUUACAUCAUACACACACACCCACUUAGCGUGUGUACUGCGUGGAUAGUGGGCAUUUGUGGCUUGAUGGGAGAUUCUGUCAUUAGAAUCAGUAGCUCAGCUCAUCCCACUCCCUCCUGUUUUUUUUUUUUUUUUUACCUCGCUCUCAUUGGUUCAGCUGCUUUGUUCAUCUGUCAAUCAAAAGCGCUGGCUCCGCCCCCAUGCCCUUACUAACCCCUCCCUUCCCACAGCUUCUCAGAAAGACCCACUAUCUGCUGGAGGACAAGUCUCAAUGUUAAAGUCUCCUCUCCUCUCUCCUCUCUUCCUCUCUCCUCUCCUCUCUUCCUCUCUCCUCCUCUCCUCAAUGCCAAAGACUCCUCCCUCCUCUUCCCUUCUUACUCCCCCCCCCCCCCCCCCUACUCUAAAAAGGAGAUGAAGUAAUGGAGGGGGGAGGAAAUGAGGCCGUAUUGAGACGCUUUCCAGAGCAGUGAGUGCUAAGUUUCAACCCAGGAUGCAGCUCCCUUCUAUGUUUUUUUUUUCCGUUUAGUCUGUUAGUUUGUCCUCUCUGUCUCUGCUAGGGAAGGAGGCAAGGAGGCAUAGAAGGAGGCAAGGAGGCAUAGAAGGGAGCGAGCAGCUGGAAUGGGAAUGAGCCCGGUAGCUCAGAGCUAGAAAUGGAAAGCCAUGCUGUAACUGCUUAGCAUCCUAGCUAACCAAAUUACACACACACACACACACACACACACAUCCCGAAACGCAACAUGGUACAGAGAGAUUGGAGUGUGCACAUUACCCAAACAGUGUGAACACACACACCACACACACACACACACCACACCACACACACACACACCACACCACACACACACACACCACACACGCAACACAUGCACACAUGCACAUGCACCCACCCCACACACACACACGCACAUGCACACACACACAAACACCUCUCGUUCCCGCUCAGACACAGUCAGUGGUUAUGUUUUUAUCCGUUGUAGUUUAACAUUUUGAACAUGUAUUAACUUUCACUGACCCGUUCCGUUGUUCUGUUGUUAUUUUUGUUUACAUGUUAAUUGUUUUGUCUGUUGCUAUGGCGAUGAGAUGAUGUCACACUGUUGAGGGGCCAGGAUAAUGGACACGACACACAAGACAAGAGAUUUGGUACUAAAUAUGUAAGAGGGUGGAACGAUUUGUCCUAAAAAAAAAAAAAAAAA